AUGACAAUUUUUCCAAAUGAGGAAAUUAUUGGAAUGGAUCAAGAUUUCUUUGCAUUAUCGAGUUUGUUACAAUUCGGUCAUCAAGUUCGACAUGAACUGAGAGCUUGUCGAAGAUUAUUUAUUCAUGUUCCAUUUUGGGGAAAUAAUGAAAAAUUUCAUUCGAAAGAAAAACUUCUUCAAAUUAUUAUCAAGAAAGAGCUGAAUGAAUAUUCUGAAAAAGAACAAGAAGAACCAUUGAUUGAACUUGGUCCUGGAGAUUCAUGUUUGCUCACGAAUGAAAAUGUUGCCUUGUUUGGAAAGUCGCUUGAAAUUGUUUUCAAAACGAAAGAAUUAAUGGAUCAAGCCUCUCGAGAAACGACAAAUGCCAUUGAUUCCUUCUUGGAAUUUGUCGUUUUCGAUAUGAUUGUUCAUUCCAAUUCUUCUCAUUAA